AUGAGAGAGGCUAUUCAGACUCUGUACGCCCCUGGGGUAACGAAGCGACCCUGGAUAGAGAUAGAGAUUGCGAUAUCAAACCUUAACACGAUUGCUGACAAGUGGCUCUCCCGCCUCCCAGCAGAGUUUCAUUUCGCGGAGCUAGACGCCACCGCUACCGAUCCCUUCGUUCGUCAAUGCGCCGACCUUGGCUUCCGCUUCUACACCACAAAACUCUUCAUCUCCCAGGCCUGUCUUCGUCACAUAGGCUACCAAGCCCCCAGCGUGAGUCCUGGCGGAGCUCUUUGUAGCACAAUGGCAGCCACGUGCGUGCAAAUGGCAUGUAAAAUGUUGGACAUGCUCCCGAACGAGCCGGACGCAACCUGGAUAUACAGAGUUUCACCCUGGUGGUGUGUUCUACACUACAUCAUGCAGUCUACGACUGUCCUCCUUAUCGAGCUUUUCUCACGCACACAACCUGGAACUUCCGAGGCCAUCCACCUGGUAGAGAAAAUUCAGAAAGCUACACAAUGGCUCCGCGAGAUGUCCACCAAGGAUCCCUCCUCCCGACGGGCCUGGCUUGUCUGUAUGGACAUCCUCUCUCGACACGGAGAAAGGUUUUUAUUGGGACUGACCGCAGGCUCUACUACGCGCUGGUCGCACACCUCCUGA